UACAGUGACCGUGCAGAGGAAAAGUGUUUCCCAUUUAGUUGACCGCUAGGUUCACACGCAACCAGUUGGCCGGGCUUGUGGCAGGGGUUGCUGGAAGGACCUGUUGAACUUCCUUUGCCAUAAGCUGUUGCGAUAAUUCUGUUGGGACAUAAACAUCGUCUUAGGAGCUAAGAUGGCUCGUGUUGUGGUAUGGUUCACGGUUCUCUCCUUAAUGCUGAUGGCCGCUCACGGGCAGCAGCAGGGCAUACUGAACAAGUUGAGAGAGUCUCGUCAAGAUGGUGCGCCUCAGGCUUGGAAAAAGCUGAGGAUUUCAUCGCCUCAAGGAGUUGCACCCCGGACGCCCCUGAAAGCUUUCCAAUUAGUCACAAAUGACGUCAUCACAGGCCGAAGAUGGAAGGGCCUACCCAGAGAAUUCACACAAGCCAAGAAUUCGAUGCAGGACAAGGAUACCUACCAAAUGGUCUACGUUGAGCAAGAGCGUCCUCAAUCCUUCCGUCAGGAUCCAAAGAACAGUUUUCUGGUUUCAAAUGAGAUCGGACAUGAUUUCAAGCAAGCAUCCCAAGUCCGAAUCACUGGACCUGACUCCGGAGCAAAUCUGCCCGAUAACGCGCUGGAGCAAACUCGAGUUGGCGGAUCUGAACCGGAGCUCAGUAACGAAGUGGUAAAUCACAUUCGACAUGAGGAUCCCGGGACUGGCCAUACUGAUGCAGUGGUUUCUGACCACACUCAGGAUGAAAAAUCUGGCCCUGAUCUUGGUAAUGGCCCCCUCAAGGAUGAUGGAUCCGGGUCGGGCCUCGGUGAUACUCCAGUUUCUGACCUCUAUAGGGAUGAUGGAUCCGGGUCUGGCCUUGGUAAUGCACUAGUCUCUGACCUCUAUAAGGAUCAAGGAUCCGGAUCUGGCCUCGGUAAUGUACUAGUUUCUGACCUCUAUAAGGAUGAGGGAUCUGGGUCAGGCAUUGGUAAUGCGCUAGUCUCUGACCUCUAUAAGGAUCAAGGAUCCGGGUCUGGCCUCAGUAAUGCACUAGUAUCUGACCGCUAUGAGGAUAAGGGAUCUGGGUCGGGCCUUGGUAAUUCACUGGUUUCUGAUCCCUAUAAGGGUCAGGGAUCCGGAUCUGGCCUCGGUAAUGCACUAGUUUCUGACCUCUAUAAGGAUGAGGGAUCUGGGUCGGGCCUUGGUAAUUCACUGGUUUCUGAUCCCUAUAAGGGUCAGGGAUCCGGAUCUGGCCUAGGUAAUACACUAAUUUCUGACCUCUAUAAGGAUGAGGGAUCUGGGUCGGGCCUUGGUAAUUCACUGGUUUCUGACCCCUAUAAGGGUCAGGGAUCCGGAUCUGGCCUUGGUAAGGCACUAGUUUCUGACCUCUAUAAGGAUCAGGGAUCCGGGUCUGGCCUCGGUAAUGCACUAGUUUCUGACCUCUAUAAGGAUGAGGGAUCUGGGUCGGGCGUUGGUAAUUCACUGGUUUCUGACCCCUAUAAGGGUCAGGGAUCCGGAUCUGGCCUCGGUAAUGCACUAGUUUCUGACCUCUAUAAGGAUGAGGGAUCUGGGUCGGGCCUUGGUAAUUCACUGGUUUCUGACCCCUAUAAGGGUCAGGGAUCCGGAUCUGGCCUCGGUAAUGCACUGGUUUCUGACCACUAUAAGGAUGAGGGAUCUGGGUCGGGCCUCGGUAAUUCACUGGUUUCUGACCCCUAUAAGGAUCAGGGAUCCGGAUCUUUCCUCGGUAAGGUACUAGUUUCUGACCACUAUAAGGAUGAGGGAUCUGGGUCGGGCCUUGGUAAUUCACUGGUUUCUGACCCCUAUAAGGGUCAGGGAUCCGGAUCUGGCCUAGGUAAUGCACUAAUUUCUGACCUCUAUAAGGAUGAGGGAUCUGGGUCGGGCCUUGGUAAUUCACUGGUUUCUGACCCCUAUAAGGGUCAGGGAUCCGGAUCUGGCCUUGGUAAGGCACUAGUUUCUGACCUCUAUAAGGAUCAGGGAUCCGGGUCUGGCCUCGGUAAUGCACUAGUUUCUGCCCUCUAUAAGGAUGAGGGAUCUGGGUCGGGCGUUGGUAAUUCACUGGUUUCUGACCCCUAUAAGGGUCAGGGAUCCGGAUCUGGCCUCGGUAAUGCACUAGUUUCUGACCUCUAUAAGGAUGAGGGAUCUGGGUCGGGCCUUGGUAAUUCACUGGUUUCUGACCCCUAUAAGGGUCAGGGAUCCGGAUCUGGCCUCGGUAAUGCACUGGUUUCUGACCACUAUAAGGAUGAGGGAUCUGGGUCGGGCCUCGGUAAUUCACUGGUUUCUGACCCCCAUAAGGAUCAGGGAUCCGGAUCUUUCCUCGGUAAGGUACUAGUUUCUGACCACUAUAAGGAUGAGGGAUCUGGGUCGGGCCUUGGUAAUUCACUGGUUUCUGACCCCUAUAAGAAUCAGGGAUCCGGAUCUGGCCUUGGUAAGGCACUAGUUUCUGACCUCUAUAAGGAUCAGGGAUCCGGGUCUGGCCUCGUUAAUGCACUAGUUUCUGACCUCUAUAAGGAUGAGGGAUCUGGGUCGGGCCUUGGUAAUUCACUAGUUCCUGACCUCUAUAAGGAUCAGGGAUCCGGUUCUGGCCUCGGUAAUGCACUAGUUUCUGACCCCUAUAAGGAUCAAGGAUCCGGGUCUGGCCUCGGUAAUGCACUAGUUCCUGACCUCUUUGAGGAUGAGGAAUCUGGGUCGGGCCUUGGUAAUUCACUGGUUUCUGAUCCCUAUAAGGAUCAGGGAUCCGGAUCUGGCCUUGGUAAUGCUCUGGGUCCUGACCACUAUAACUCUGAUGGAUCUGGCUUUGGCCUGAGUAAUACUGUGGUGUCUGACCACGAUCAGGUUGAUGGAUCUGGAUCAGGCUUCGGCAAUUAAGAGAUCUCCGAGUAUAGUCGAGUUGAUGGAAAUGAACAAGAAAACAAAAGAUGUGUUUUCCUAUUUUAUGAAAGUUUCCUGUUUGGUGGAGGUUACUUAAUAUUUUUCACUUUCUUUCAGUCUUCUAAAGAAAUCUAUCCAAUGAAGUACUUGUAUCUAAAAGAUGAAAGGUAGAAUAGUAAGUCACUGAGUAUAAAUUACUGCAGCUGUAUUAUUUGUGUUUUCCUAAUAAUGCCAUAAUUAAUAAAAAAGAACGUUCUCCAAUAGUUUUACUUUGUAACUUCUCUACAGGCAUGCGCCUACUUCGCCGUUUAAUGGUUAAUUGUCCGAUUUUGGCGGCAGAUUUUAUGCACUCUAUAUACUGUAUGUUAAUAAUAUCGAAGGAACACUUUUUGCGGGUCAUGGAACACCCACCUCUAUCUUUUAUAAUAGUUUAUAUUUUCGAUUAAUACAUUUUUUUUAUAUGACUUUAUUUAUAGUUUAUUGAGAAAUUAGUUCUUCAGAUAAGAUUUUUCUUUAACGAUGGGAGAAGCAGCUUUUUUAAGUUUCGAAUGUUCGACUUGACAUGAAAUUAGAUGACUUUUAUUGGUACGCAGUUUGCUACCAAAACCAUUCUUUUUGGUUGGCAAUUUUAAUAGCCAUACUUUCGGGAAACGUUGAAUUUAUAUUAUUUUUUUGAGGGUCAACGCUUGUUGUUUUUGGUUGCUCACACGAUUUCCAAUAACAGUGUCACGUGCGACUGCCUGUCUUUGGAGAACCAGUGUGAAGAUCAAUUGCAAUUAAACUUGUCAUUUCCUUAUUUCGGAUGUAAAAUCUAGUAUAUCAUAAUAAUAAUAAUAACAGGUUCUUAUAUAGCGCUUUUAACUAAGAUCAAAGCGCUUUACAUUAUUAUUACCCCCUAAUCAUUGUCCGAUUUUGGCGGCAGAUUUUAUGCACUCUAUAUACUGUAUGUUAAUAAUAUCGAAGGAACACUUUUUGCGGGUCAUGGAACACCCACCUCUAUCUUUUAUAAUAGUUUAUAUUUUCGAUUAAUACAUUUUUUUUAUAUGACUUCAUUUAUAGUUUAUUGAGAAAUUUGUUCUUCAGAUAAGAUUUUUCUUUAACGAUUUUAAAUUUUAAUUGCCAUACUUUCGGGAAACGUUGAAUUUAUAUAUUUGUUGAGGGUCAAAGCUUGUUGUUUUUAGUUGCUCACACAAUUUCCAAUAACAGUGUCACGUGCGAUUGCCUGUCUUUGGAGAACCAGUGUGAAGAUCAAUUGCAAUUAAACUUGUCAUUGCCUUAUUUCGGAUGAAAAAUCUAGUAUAUCAUAGCAACGUCAGCGCUUUUUACCUGGAUGGGAUUUUUUUUUUAACACUUUUGUUCAUUUCUUGACAGCCCCUGCGUACAUUUUAGAUUGUAUCCUUAAACUUCGUGUCUAAAGAUCUAACCAUUCAAUUAAAUUAAACAUAUUCGUCACAAAUGACAAAACUGGAACAAAUCACUACAAAUUUGCAACAAAAAACAGGUACCUUCCCACAGAAAAUCGUAUAAUCAGCGCUACUGAUAGAUUACCAGUCCUUUCAAGUAACAUCAUUUCUGAAACGGAGGAAAACUGGUCACAGAAUGUUGAAAGACCGAUGAAAAUCCCAAAGGCGAAAAAAAGUCCGGGAAGAAUUUCAUACCUGGGUGUCAUUAAUUUUUCCCUGCAGUGACCUAUUAGCCAUCAGAAAGCGAUUACAUGUCAUAAAAAAACCACAAAAUUUAGCAGGAAAAAUAUUGAAGUAUUUUCUGAGAAAGAAUUUUUUUCGGUCCAGUGCAGUCUCAUAAAAUUUGUGCAAAUGAUGUCCAGGUAUGGAACUUUUUCCAAAAAGCCUACAGUAAGAUGUCAUUAAAUAGCUUAAAACUUAAAACGGUCUUUAACACUGUUGUGACAUAAGUUUGGUGUUACUCAGACCGGUUUGACGCAGACUUCAGAAAUUCUAAACAGUGUGCAAUUCCAAUGGUCAUUCCAAUAUGUCUGGUUUUUCAGAGAGAGAGAAAAAAAAAGAAUUUUCACUUCGGAGGAUUUUUGAGUCGUAUAAAGAUAAUUUAGUGUCGUGAAAUAUCCUUGUAUAUCAUACUGAUUUGUUCUCACUUCUAUAAGCAGUUAAUUUUAUGUUCUUUAUAGAGGGCUUGCUUUAUGUCUUGAAGUAUUUAAAAAUAGAAACUUUAUUAAUUAACAUUCUUUGUUUUUGUUUUUUUGCUUGAAUUAUAAAAAAAAGUUAUAUAGCAGAAGGUGAAGUCCCGUGUGUUUUGUGAUAUGCU